AUGAGUGGAAUAGCGUUGCAGGGCUUCAGGUGCCAUGCUUGUCGAAAUGCCGCAUUCCGCUCCUUCGCUGCCAUAAAUGGCGUCUCAAUCUCCGCACGACCCCAAUCCUCUAUAUCCGGCCACCCUGGUUCACAGCUCUAUCAGCCAGUCGCUCGAAUAGCUGGAAGACGCCAAUUCUCCGCCCUCAGUUCCGUGAGAUCACAAGUGGAUAGCAAUUUACCUGCGAAAGCUGAAACAAAAAACGAGGAGGGAAGCGUUGAAUCGUCACAUAUACCCUGGUAUCUACAGGAUGAAUCCCACAAGCCGACUGUCCACCCUCUGAAGCAGCAAGAGUUGCCACCUCUCCCUGAGAACCCGCCUCCCAUAUUAGAAAACCUACUACAAUAUAUCUCAGUCGAUGCCGGCCUCGACGACCUUUCGCUUCUUGACCUUCGAGGGCUUGAUCCUCCCCCAGCUCUAGGCGCAAAUCUCAUCAUGAUACUUGGGACAGCCCGAAGUGUGAAGCAUCUUAAUGUUGCAGGUGACCGUUUAUGCAGAUGGCUACGAAGCAAGCAUCAACUCAGGCCAAUCGCUGACGGCCUCCUGGGAAGAAAUGAACUGAAGAUAAAAUUACGACGGCGGGCAAGGAAGGCUAAAGCAACGGGUGAUGCGAGCUCUUUGAACUCUCGAGAUGAUGGCAUAACAACUGGUUGGAUAUGUGUUAAUGUUGGGGAUGUGGAAAAUGGCCCACUGAAGACCAAUGUUGCACAGAAGAGGGAUUUUAUUGGAUUUGGCGGCACCGGAGACAAAGUUCGGAUCGUUGUGCAAAUGCUUGUGGAGGAGAAGAGAGCCGAACUUCAACUCGAAGCUCUAUGGGGGAGCCUUCUUAACCCGGAGGCUGGAGAGAAGAACACAGGGCCCCGUGCCGAUGUCUGGGGUAAUUUGUCCUCUGAGACAAGUGCCUCUGGAGGAUCUGGGGACAACAUUGCAUCUACAUUCAGCCAGCGGUUCCCAGGAAGGAGGCAUAUGCAUACCCAAGCUCGACCCGAUACCCUCGAACCAGCCCUUCAGGAAACCUUGGGCAAUAUUAUUCAGCGUUCCAAGUCUGAUCAGCCGUCAAAAAUAGUAAGCACCUCUUUGGCAUCCCCAAGUGUCUCUGCUUUGUUGGAACAGUUAUCUCAGUUGCCAGAAGAAGAAGCUCGUCGAGAGCUUGGGCUUGGACCCGGUGACAGAGAUUCAACACUGUUUUUAAGGCUGUUCUACGAGGCGGUGUCCAAAUCUGACACGGAAACAGUACUCAUAGAUAAGCUGUCGUUCGCCCGAGCUGCCGUUCUGCUAAAACACCCCGCGUAUGGCAAAGAAAACUUGUAUCAGGCAUUUAAAAACGUGGCUACUUCUGGAUGCGAUAUCUCAGAGGAGCUUGCAAUGGAUACAGUUCGUACGCUGUUAUUGUUCCAAGGCUCCGAUAAAGCACUCAAUGAACGCGUCCCUGAACACGAUAUUGACUUGGCAUUGAGAGUUCUGGACCAUAUGAGCCUUCAUGGAAUAAACAUAUUCAAUGGCGAAGUGUUUUUCUUACUUCAUAAGGCAUCAGCAUUUAAAUCCCCAGUUCUUCCCACCGAAGACGCUAAUGAUGAAACAAACGCCUCUGCGGACGUCGACUCUAUUUCAAAAGUACCGGCAGAAGCAUUGGACAAUGUUACUACCAUGCACAAUCGAUUAAAUAAACUAAUGGCUUCCGCCGGUGUUGAUUUCAACUACAAGGACUAUCCAGAAUUACUCCAGAUGUACUUUGAGCACGGAAACUACAGCAAAUUUUGGCGCUUAUGGCAGCGAAUAUCCCUCAUGCAAAUCACGCGGUCAAGGGAACUUUACCUACUCUUGUUCCGCUUGCAUGCCAAAUUGGGCCACCAACGUCAAGCUGUUGAAUGCCUUUCGUCUUGGGUACCCAUGAUGACCCGAGAAGAACCACCGGUUGCUCUCGACGAAGAACUGACAAGAGCCAUCAUGGCCUGCAUGUUAGUAGCGGACCCCGCCAUUGACCAGAAAGCUGAUGAUGGGACUGUGAGCCAGUUCACUCGACUAUGGAAACAAUGCUUGCGCGACCUUGAGUCCUUCAAAACCGCCAACUCCCAAUAA